AGUAACGAAAUACCGAUCCCCGACCAAGGAGGAUCGCCGACCGCCCCCAACACGCCCGUGUUGUCUGUCUCCUCCACUUUCUUCUUACUUCUCUCUACCAGUCACACAUGAUUAUCCAGGACGACCCCUCCACCAAGCUCCACCACAACAAUGGCUAUUCUUCUCCUGCCAAACCUAAAUCCCCACUCUCCUCCGAUCCCGACGACAAUCUCAAUCUCGAUCUCAACACAAUAUCCCAAUCUCACAGAGUAUACCUAAUCACCACCAUAUUAACCCUCGCCGUCGUCGCCUGUUGCUUCUUCGUCUUCCUCCGCACCUCCGCCGCCAAUUCGACGACGCCAUUGCUCUGCUCCAAAAACUCCAAUCUUCUCCGCGACGCUCACAAGCUCAAAAUCCCCAAACUCGACCCCAAUGUCCGCCCAAUUCCCGACAAGUCUUCGCCCUACGCUUCGUUCCGCGCCAAACAAUGGAUUGUCGUCUCCGUCUCCGAUCAUCCCUCCGUUGCCGUCAAAUCGCUCGUCAGGAUCAAAGGAUGGCAAGUCUUAGCUAUUGGAAACUCCAAAACCCCCAAAUUUUGGAGCCUCAAGGGCGCAAUUUACCUGUCUCUCGAGCAGCAGGCCGAGUUAGGGUUUAGGGUUUUGGAUCACUUACCGUACGAUUCUUAUAUAAGGAAAACUGUAGGAUACCUUUUCGCUAUACACCACGGCGCCAGAAGAAUCUUCGACGCCGACGACCGCGGGGAGGUCAUCGGCGGCAAUAUAGGGAAGCAUUUCGACUUAGAUUUGGAAACUCCGGCGGCGAGACAGCAGAGGAUUUUUCAGUACAAUGGUGGAAGUUCGAACAAAACCAGAACAAUCGUGAAUCCUUAUAUCCAUUUCGGGCAAAGAUCUGUCUGGCCGAGAGGUCUGCCAUUGGAGAACGUCGGAGAAGUUAUUCACGAGGAGUUCUAUUCAGUAGUCGCCGGAGGGAAGCAGUACAUACAGCAGGGGAUAUCGAACGGCUUGCCGGACGUCGAUUCCGUCUUCUACGCGACAAGGAAGGCGGAUUCGGAGGCAUUCGAUAUCCGGUUCGAUGAUCGCGCGCCAAAAGUCGCCAUGCCGGAAGGCGUGAUGGCGCCGGUGAAUUCGAUCAACACAUUGUUUCAAUACGAGGCGUUUUGGGCAUUGAUGCUUCCCGUCUCCGUUAGCCGGAUGGCGUCCGACGUUUUGAGGGGCUACUGGGGGCAGAGGCUGCUGUGGGAGAUCGGCGGGUUCGUCGUUUUCUAUCCUCCGACCGUCAAUCGACCCGAUGUCGCCACUGUGUAUCCAUUCAUCGACGAGACUGAUCUUCACGUCAACGUCGGGCGCUUGAUCAAGUUCUUGAUCGCUUGGCGAUCCAAGAAAGAACAGCUCUUUGAUCGAAUUCUCGAUCUAAGCUAUUCAAUGGAGGAAGAAGGGUUUUGGAACGAGAACGAUGUCAAGUUCACGGCGUCGUGGCUGGAAGACUUGAUCUCCGUCGGAUAUCUCGCGCCGGGGAAGAUAGCGAUGAUCGAGUCGAAAACUGAGAGAAUGGAAUUCGUACCACGAAAAUUACCUUCGAAGCAUCUCAGUGUCGACGAAUCGGGAACGGUUAACUACGAAAUAGGUAAUCUCGUCCGGUGGAGGAGGACCUUAGGCGACAUUGUGCUGAUCAUGUUCGUCGCCGGACCCUCACAGCGGACGGCAUUGGAGUGGCGAUUGCUGUACGGUAGGGUGUUCAAAGCUGUCGUUAUUAUGUCAACGCAGGGCGACGCAGACCUUGCAGUCUACCAAGCUCGACUCGAUUAUACGUACAAGUAUCUGCCCCGAGUGUUUAACAGGUACAACGACACGGCCGGCUUCAUCUUCAUGCAUGACAACACGGUUUUAAACUACUGGAGCUUGUCGAACGCUGACAAGUCUAAGCUGUGGAUCGCGAACAAGGUACCUGUGGUCACGCCGGUGGCCGGAAAAGACGAAGCCAGAUGGCUUCGAAAGCAAGCCGAGAUGGUGAACACCGUCGUGAGUGCAAUGCCGGCGCAUCUGCAGGUCAAUUACAAGGAGAGCAGCCCAAGCAAGAAGACCAUCGCUUUAUGCGGCUCCAACGUGUUCUACCUUCCGCGGCGCUUUGUUCCCGACUUUGUGGAUCUUGUGGACCUAGUCGGCGACCUCGACAUUCACCACAAGAUUGCCGUGCCGAUGUUCUUCAUGGCCAUGGAUUCGCCGCAGAACUUCGACCCUAUUCUGAAUGACAUGAUCCACGAGAUGAAUGUCGCAGCUUCGACGGAGUCCUUCGGGUUUUACUCCACGCAGGCGCCGGCUGUGCACCCGUGCAACGUUACGUCGGAGUCGGAUUUCGUGAGGCUGAUAAAGCUCAUGGCAGCAGGAGAUCCCCUGCUCAUGGAACUCUUCUAAAACACCAUUGAUGGUGAUCAAUUGUACAAAGAAAAGACACUUCUUGUACAGAAGAAUUAGCAGUAAAAGAUAUCAUUGUUUCGCUUACAAUGCGCGCCGUCGCAGUCGUCGAGCGUUCUACGUGAAGUAUUUUUGAUAAAGUCUCUUGGCGACUGCAAGGGCGUCGCCUUUCGCCUUCACCGGGUACAGUUCAGUGCCGUAUUGCCACUUGUUUGAGAAUGCAAUCCAUUCUUUUCGCCAUUCGACAACCUUAAACUCCUCAUUCCCUUGCAAGCUUUUCAGCAACCGUGUAAAAUACAUCGAUGCCCGGGGAAGAUAGUAUCGCGCCAACAGCCCACUCCAGAACUUAUUUGCUGAACCAGACGAGUGAUCGUUUGAUCGAUCAAAAAAGGUUUAGGAGGAAAGGAAAUGGAAGAAAUCGGUGUCCUACCGUAGUCGUGAAGCUUGCUCUGCUCACUCUUCUUGUUGUCGUACCACAUGGUCACCUGGGUUCGGGCAUUCCACUCGUACUACACAGAAGAUUGGUCGAGUUAUGAAAAAAAUUACAUCGAAACGAUUUGGAGGCAAAAAAAGUGUAAUUCUGACCUGCUUCUUCUCAUCUGCAUUCAUUCCGAGCUUUUUCGCAUCUUCGAGCCAGGGGCCGAGUAGAAAAUUAUCGUCGGUGGCUAGAAGUUCAUCAAUGUCUUCGAUGAGUCGAAGAAACUUCGAAGAAUGUAAACUCAAA